UUACUCGAAGAGGGAUGACGCCGAUAUAUCCUAAAUCAUAAGCAAAGCCGCAGAUCUUCGAACUUCAAAACUGCAACAAACUCUCAUCUUCUCAAACAUCGAUUCACUGCUCCCCAAUCCCAACCAAAAACCCUAAUUCCGAUUCUUCCUCACUUCUCAUCAAUCCUCAGCUCCUAUGAGCUACCACGCGAAUAGUGAAGAGGGCCGAAGAGGUUGGAAAAGGAAGCCCCCGGGAAUGGAACGUUGGGGGAGAGAACAGAGGCCGUACGAUACAAACUCUAGACCUUACGAUAGGAACAUGGUUCCUCAUGGUUGGUUAGGCUGCCCACCACAUGGUCAAGAAUUAGGAUUCAUAAUACCAUCAAAGGUCCCACUCGGUGAAUCCUUCAACGAUAACAUCCUAGGUCAGAAAUAUACUCCCAAGCAAGCAAUUCUUCAGCAACGAGCUUUAGGUAGAGAACUUGGUUUAGUGCUUGAUCUGACAAAUACUAACCGUUACUAUCCAGUUUCAGAUUGGACAAAAGAAGGGAUUAGUCAUGUUAAGAUAAGAUGCAAGGGAAGAGAUUCUGUGCCUGAUGAUGAAUCUGUAAAAAAAUUUUGUGACGAGGUUCUGGACUUUUGCUCCCGAAGAACAAAUACAAAGAAAUAUAUACUAGUACAUUGCACACAUGGGCAUAACCGUACAGGUUAUAUGAUUGUUCAUUUUCUUGUGCGCACAGAAUCCAUUUCUGUGACUGAGGCAAUAAAUAGAUUUGCUCAGGCUCGUUACCCAGGAAUUUACAAGCAGGAUUACAUUGACGCCCUAUAUAUGUUUUAUCGUGAAAAGAAGCCUGAAGAUCUUGUUUGUCCUCAGACUCCAGAAUGGAAAAGACUUUGUGAGACAGAUUUUGAUGGUGCUGCUGUCCCAGCUGUAGACAACUAUAGAGAUGUGCCUCAGCAGGAUGCUGUAGAAAAUUAUGGAAAUGUUCCUCAGCAGGUGCAUGCUGUAGAAAAUCAUGGAAAUGUUCCUCAGCAGGAGAAUACCAUGAGGAAUGAAGCAUUGACUAAUGACGAUAUUUUGGGAGAUUCCAUUCCUUCAUAUCAGCUGCAUACAAUGCAAGAAGUUUGUUAUCAACUGCUCAAACUGGGCACAGGGGGGAGAGGACGUCCGCAGUUUCCUGGAUCACACCCCGUUUCUUUGAACAGUGAAAAUCUACAACUCUUAAGACAGCGGUAUUACUAUGCCACUUGGAAAGCUGAUGGAACUCGUUACAUGAUGCUGAUUACUUUUGAUGGAUGUUAUCUGAUCGACAGAAAGUUUCUCUUCCGAAAGAUCAACAUGCGGUUUCCUUGCAGAUACUCAAAUGGGGGUACACCUGAGAAGAAUCACCACUAUACAUUACUUGACGGGGAGAUGAUUAUCGACAUGGAUCCGCAUACGCAUAAGCAAGAGAGAAGAUACCUCAUUUAUGAUCUGAUGGCAAUUAAUCAAGUCUCAGUGACAGAGCUUCCAUUCUACGAACGGUGGAAAUUGCUGGAGAAAGAAGUAAUUGAGCCUCGUAACAUGGAACGAGAGGCUCUUUCCAAGAGUACAAAUCCUUAUUACAGAUAUGACUUGGAGCCAUUUAGCGUGAGGAGGAAGGGGUUUUGGUUACUUUCUACCGUUUCAAAGCUCCUUCAUAAAUUUAUUCCACAACUCUCGCAUCAAUCAGAUGGUCUGGUGUUCCAGGGUUGGGAUGAUCCAUAUGUCCCUCGCACACACGAAGGUCUUUUGAAGUGGAAAUAUCCCGAGAUGAACUCUGUUGACUUCCUCUGUGAGGUUGGAGCAGGUGAUCGCCCCCUCCUUUAUCUGUUUGAACGCGGAAGGAAGAAGUUAAUGGAAGGGAAUAGAGUUAUUUUUAAAGAUGCAUCAGAUAUUUCUUCCUAUUCAGGGAAGAUCAUUGAGUGCUACUGGGACGCCACAGAGCGUCACUGGGUCUGUAUGAGAAUCAGAUUUGACAAAGCAAAUCCGAAUGAGAUUAAUACCUACAGAAAGGUAAUGCGAAGCAUAAAGGAUAACAUUACCGAAGAGUUGCUGUUGAAUGAGAUCAAUGGAAUCAUUAGCCUACCCUUAUAUGCAGACAGAAUACAAAGGGAUAUCAAGGCUCACCAGAACACCGUCUUGUUGCGGCGCAGAUAACUGAUAACAACGUAACUAUAAUAAUCAAAGCUAAGUAUUCCACUGCUACUUUAUUGAAGAUAAAAAAGACUGCUAAACCAGGUGCUGCUGGCGGAGCUGUGCAUUUUUGGUUGCCAAAGUCAUCAUUGUUGGUUGGGGCAAGAGAUCUAGGUUAUAAGAUUCUGUUUGGGCUUUAAGGUUUUGAUAGCUGUUGUAUAUUAGCAAUUUUGUCUAUCUUCAUUAUUCUUUUCCUCCUCGUAUAGAUAGGGAUGUGUUCGUCAGUUUGUACCAUCAUUUUUUCCCUCAGAAGUAAUGCUUUUUAUGAGUUGAUAAUUGAUAAAAAUAAUUCCACUACAGAUGAAGAGUUGGCUUUUUUAUUUUUUAUUUUUUGCUCAUGUGAUCAUAAAUUUUGUUUAAAGAGAAGUGGUUUUUGUUA